AACAGAAGAUCAGUCUGACCACACUUAAAUGUAGAUUAAGAAGUUUAUCACUGUCCCGCAAAAAAGAUUACUCAAGUCAGGCCUUGAUUCGUGCUGCAAUAAUAGAAGAGCUGAAGGGACCUGGUCAACAUUAUGGAUACCGUUCAAUGUGGCAGACACUGCGUCAGAAACGCCAUCUUUCUGUGAAAAGGCAUGAUGUCAUGGUGAUAAUGGCAGAGCUCGACCCAUCUGGAGUCCAAAAGCGCUCAAGGAAAAAGUUUGUACGAAGAGUUUACGAUUCACCUGGACCAAACCACACUUGGCAUGUUGAUGGAUAUGACAAAUUAAAGCCAUAUGGUUUGACUAUCAGUGGUUGUAUUGAUGGCUAUUCGCGGAAGGUAUUAUGGUUGGUUUGCGGAGCAACUAACAGCAACCCAGAAGUCAUAGCUCAACACUACGUUCAGUGUGCUUCAGAGUUUGGAGUCAUACCAGUGCGACUUCGCACAGACUGUGGCACUGAAAAUGGGACGAUGGCAGCAAUGCAUUGUGCCUUACGGUCAUCUCAUCAGGAUUUUUUUGCAGGAGCUGCCAGUCAUAUGUAUGGAUCUUCAAUAACAAAUCAAAGAAUUGAAAGCUGGUGGUCGUACUUCAGAAAACAGCGAACACAGUUCUGGAUGGACCUUUUGAGUGACAUGAAGGAAAUGCACCUCUUUAAUGGUAGUUAUGAACACAUGUGCUUGGUGCACUUCAUUUUCAUGGCUGUGCUUCAGAGGGAUCUGGAUGAAUGCAAAAGAAAGUGGAACACGCACCUGAUCCGUCCAGUUAGCCAGUCACGCUGUCCAUCUGGUAAACCGGAUGUGAUGUAUUACCUGCCUCAUAG